GAGUUGACUCUUCACGACUUUACUUUACCAGAAGUAGUAAAGGAUUAUCAUCCAAUUUUUGUUGACCCUAGGCAAAAGUCUGUAUUCACUGCCGUGAUACUGCAAAAAAAAAAACGCCUCCAACUUUAUCAAGGGAGGCAAAAAGCGCAAGAAACUAUGGUCAAUAUGCUUAUAAACGGUGACACCAAAUAUAAUCAAAGUAGGAGAAACAAGAAGAGAAACAAAAGAAGAAAGAAGAGACCAAAUAAGAACGAUGCUAUCAAAGAAAAACUGAACAAAUGGAGGCCCAUCAAAUACAAAGAAGACAAGACAAAGGUUCCUCUGAUAGUAUUUGAAAGUGGAAUGUUCAAUAGGGACACCAAUAAGAUCAGGACGCUCAGAUGUGAGGCGACAGGUAUUUUAUGGCGCGCGCUGAGAAGGCAUGAAGCAGCUGGACAACUUAUCACAAUCACAAUUGACGAGUUCCGCACAUCCAAAGUAUGCAGUAAAUGCCAAACUCUAACCUUGAUUCCAGCCUCGCCUGUUACUAGAUUGAGUGUGAUUGCCUGUUCUUCUUGUCAUACUCUUUGGCAAAGAAACAUUAAUGCUUCCCGAAAC